AUGAUUCUACUUCUAAUUUCUGCUAUCUGUGCCAGCUGGAUCGCGGUCAGGAUACUCUCAGAUCCCCUGAAACAGAUCGCUGCGGCUCCAGGAUCUAGGAUCUUCCCGCUCUGGAUAUUAUCUACCCUCUCCGGAAGACAGUGGCAUCUAAGUCUCAAUCAACUACAUCGCCAAAAAGGGGAUAUCGUUCGAAUCGGCCCCAAAGAAAUCUCAUUCUGUACAUCCACUGCAUACCACUCGAUUUAUGACCAACCGGAAGAGAAGUUUCCAAGUACGGGAUCUUACGGCGCUCAAGCAAUUUUUCUCUUCCUAGGGAGAGCAAAUAUAUUUACCGUCAAUGAUGAGGCCGCGCACUGCAAGCUGAGGAAAAAUGUUCAGUCGGCUCUAGCAAGAGUUCGGCCGCAGGAAGACGAAAUCAACAUUCGAUACCUUGAGCAAGUGGAAGCAAAGAUCGAGGAAGCCUGCGACAGUGGAGAGACUAUCAAUCUGACGACAAUGUUGAGCGAAAUGACUUGGGAAAUUGUCGGUGGACGGUACUUCGUCGGACCCAUUGGACUUGACGCUAAAAGAAAAAUCGACUAUUACAAGGUUUUUGGCUCCUGGCUGGGACCUUGCCUCGAACUUGUGCUCAUGGGACUUAAUACUCCCUUUUUGAAUGUUAUCGUUGGUACUGUCAUCAGGGCGUUUGCCAAAUUGACCUUUCUCGUCAAUGCAGAUGGUCUGAACCCUGAUGAAGCUAUCCGUCGAUUUAUCGUCACUCAGGACAAUACUCAAGACACGGUUGCAAACUACGCUACGGGUAACAUCCCUGGAAACAGAAGUUGCCAGGAUCUCUCCAAAAACGAGUUGCUGAUCAACAUGGUGACUCUAGUUUUUGCAAAUUACCUAACACUAUCUGAGUUCCUUCCUUCCUGCUUCAGCCUCAUGUUACGUGCAAACGGACAGCAGGAGCUUCUCCAGAAAGAGCUCGACUCAAAUUUCACUGAUCCCGAAGCAAUGAGCGAGAAUAGGUUGAAACAGCUUUCAUUUUUGAACGCUUGUAUUAGAGAGGCUCUUCGAAUGGCUCCAACCAUCAACACGCGCUUUUUAUCACGCACCUCACCUGGGACGGAGAUUGACGGCACGUACAUUCCGAAGGGGGUGAAAAUAUCCGUCGAUACGUAUUCGAUGCAGCGCAAUCCUGAUUAUUGGAAGAGCCCAGACAACUUUUACCCACAGCGCUGGUGUGACCCGGACAGUACCGAUAACCACGAGGCUUGGCGACCCUUCUCUAGCGGUAGACAUGUCUGUCCUGGCGCUGACUAUGCGAACCGUGUUUCGCAGCUGGUCAUUGCGAGACUCAUUUACAAGUAUUCUUUCAAAUUGGCAGAUCCCAAUUUCCAAUUCGAGGAGCGAGCGCUGUCGGGGAUGCUGUGGUCUUAUCCAAAGGCCACAGUCUAUGUUAAGAGACGACAUUAA